AACCUCAAUCCCGCCAUUUCCACUGUAAACGGUCUUAGAUUAUUAAAAUAUAAUUGUGUAUUGGAUUGCAAGUUAAUUAACAAAGUGGAAAUGGAUUUAGAAAAUACAAAAAAGUAUUUUAUGGCUCAUGUAGUUAACUUCCUGCAAGAUGAAGUUGUUAAUGGAAAUAUGAAUGAAGAGAAAAAAGAGUCUGUGGAAGUAGCGAUACAGUGCCUUGAAACAGCAUAUGAUAUUCAGUCAGAUAUUAAGAAUGAAGCUUCAAAAACUCAAUUGGAUUUACUUUCAUUGAUACCAGUAACCAGGAGGGCUGAAGUUACAGAAGACCAGAUUAAAGAGGCUGAAAUAUAUAAAAACAAUGGAAACACCCACAUGAAAAAUUGUGCAUACAGUGCAGCAGUGACUGAAUAUACGAAAGCAAUUAAUAUAAACCCAAAUAAUGCGGUAUAUUAUUGCAAUCGUGCAGCUGCCUAUAGUAGACUAGAAAAACAUUUAGAUGCAAUAAAUGAUUGUCAACAAGCAAUAAAACUAGAUCCUACAUAUGGAAAGGCAUAUGGACGCCUUGGAAUUGCUUAUUCCAACUUAAACAGGUAUGAAGAAGCAUGCAAAGCUUAUGCGGAAGCUCUAAAACAUGAUCCUGGCAAUGAAAUGUAUGAGGCUAAUUAUAAACUUGCAGAAGAGAAAUUAUUUGGCAAUAGAGAAUCUGCUGCACCAACAGAUCAUCGCAAUCUAGACAUGUCCCAGUUUAUUAAUAAUCCAAACUUGAUAAAUAUGGCAACCCAAAUGCUUAGCGACACCAAUUUUAGAAAUUUAAUGUCCAGGUUUAUGUCUACAAACCAGAGUGGUGAUCCAAAUUUAGAUGUCUUAAUUCAAACAGGUCAAACACUGGCUAACAGAAUGUUAAGUACCGACCCGACUUUUGUCGAACAGCUCAGGCGUUCUAUAGAUCCCCAGAAUCUCAUGGAAACAAACACUGGCAGUGGCGAAAGUGCUCCAGGAAAUUUGCCAACUAGUGACCCCAGUUUCAUUGAAAACCUAAGACGUUCUCUAGACCCUCAGGGUCAGAUGGAGCCGGAGAGUUCUGAACAAGAAAACCCACCAAACCCUUCUCAAAAGAAGUCCCAGUAAACAUUCUUCUUUAGUUCUGUUGUUUUGAGUUACUCUUUUCUACUUUAAAAUUAUUUAUCUUUUUCAGCAAUAUAAUUAGAAAAACUACUUUUCUUACAUAAACAUUUUUAACCCAUUCACUGCGUAUGACGCCAUUUGGCGGCGCUAUGAUCUGAUGCCUAGUGCGCACGCCGCCAUUUGGCAUCAGAGCUCCGUUCGAAUUUACUUAGCCACUAAUCAAAACGCAGUAGGUGUGAGUGGACGUGCAGGUACACGCAGCGAAUGGGUUAAGUAUAAAUCGUUUGUAUUUUGUUGCUAUUUUGUUAUUAAAAGUAAACAAAGAAUGGUGAAAAGUAGUUUAUUUAAAAAAUAUUUGUUUUAAAUACUGUUAUUUGACAGUUCUAAGUUAUUAUUAAUGUCAAAGAACUAAACGGCAUUGCAUUUGUAUUUUUUAAAUUGAUUUUACUUUAUACACAUACGUUAAACAUACAUACAGUUGAAAAAUUCUAAAGGUGCCGGUGGGGCAUGGGGCAUGGCGUCUAUGCGCAUUUUAGUCGGUGUAUGACUAUAACGUUGGAGAGAAAAUAUAUUACAAAUAAUGAAAUUUGACAUAUUUGACGUAAAAUUUGUUAUUUCAUUAUUUCGAAUACUUUCUCUGUCAUGCACCGACUAUAAUGCUGAGUAUAGACGCCAUCUCUACCGGCACUUUUAGAAUAUUUUAACCGUACGUUACAAGGACAAGGACCGAUAUACAUAAUAUCACCUACAUUAAAAAAGGAUUUUUUUUAUUAAUUUUUAAAAUCUCACUUAUUUUACAAUUAUAUUAGUUUUAACAAAUGAAUUAUGUCAUGCAAUUUUAUAGUAGCUCUACUACAGUGAUAUUUUAUGUUUAUUUAGUAUUUAGCAUGCUUUUUAUUUCGUGUAAUUUAUGUAAAUUUAUUGUAGAUAAAUAAUUCUAAAUCUAUUCUAAACUUUCAUGGAAGGAACAUCUGACGGCAAGGUGAAAAGGCCGCGGCAGCAUUCUGGGCAUGCAGAAAAGCUUUCGGAGCCAUAUGGGGUCGAAAAUUUUUUUUUAUAUUGGAUGUAUCAAUCCAUGAUAAGAUGAUACCUAUCUUGACGUAUGCAGCUAUUGUGUGGUGGCCCCGGGCUAGACUUGCUUCAGGUAAGGCCCAGCUGACUCACCUCCAGCGGUUGGCAUGCAUUGGCGUCUCGAUUUACCUUGUCUACAUCUUAUUGUAGAUCAUGGAGCCAUGAUGGCAGCAUAUCGUCUUAACUGCUUUGGCUACUGGUUGGGAAUUAAUGGUGAGAAGGGCCAUUGUUACAUCUGGAGACAGGCCUUCGAUUGUUUUCCUGUGCUCUUUAUAGUACAGGACAGCAUGGCCCUCCAAUUUGAUUCUCAUCCUACUUCUUGGUUCAAUUUCCUGACCAGGAUGUGUUGAUGGAACGAGAGCCUGCACUGAUCUCGAAGCGGCUCACGUGGUUCACGGGUGGGUCCAGAAUAGAAGGGCUUUGGAAGCGCCCAAAGUCAGCUCUAAACUGGUUCUUGAGUACAAGAGAGCAUUUGCUGAUGUUGCUCGGACUAAUUGGGUUAACUUAGUAUGGGUACCAGAACACACAGGCGUGGAAUGGAACGAACAGGCUGACGCACUGGCACGACAGGCUCAUUCACUCUGUCAGUGGCACCCGAACCUGUCAUUGGAGUGCCCUUCAGUACUGGUCGAGGUAGUCUUAGAGAGCUUCUUCUUUGGAGGUUCCAGGAUUCCUGGAACAGUUGGGGAGGUAUGAGACAUGCUAAGCUCCACAUAGUAGGGCCAUCCAAAUAUCUUAGAGACCAUAGAAGGUGCUACCUGGUGCUUACUAUGCUUACCGGCCACUGUAGACUCUGGUGGCACUUUCAUCAGCUUGGAUUGGUGGAUAGGAGGAGGAAACCUCACAUUGGAGCAAUUUAAUUUGCCUACCACGUUGGGUGUGACUUGUAACAAUAUAAAAUUGUUUAUAGGGGGAUGAAAGAGGGACUGAACAAUUACUGGGCUGGAGAUAGGGUAAGCAAAUAAAUUAAAGUGUGUGUUUUGGUUGGAGAGCUAGGUCUUGGAUAAAGGUUUCUUUAUUUGAGAGACGAGAAACUAACUACAAAAAAAAAGAAAUCAAAAAAUACUUACAGAAAUUUCCUGGGCAACACUACACAAGAAGAUUCCUACAUAAACUAUUUAAAUUGGACGUCGUUUAAAAAAAUCCUCUUGCUGGUUAGAAAGAAAGCUUUUCUUUCUGACAAAAUUUUAAGUGUGAAAAUCUAUUUAAAAGAAAUUUUAUUUGCUUCUCUUACUAGAACAGACUCGAAAAUACUUAUAUUAUCAAUUUUAGCGCAAAAAGAUUGAGAAUAUUUUUCGGUCUUUUAAUAUAUACGGGGUAAAACGGAAAUGCUACAACAUGUCCUCUGGAAGUGACCAGCACUAGCUUACCAGAUCUGGCAUGUGGGAAUUACUGCAGAUAUGGGAGCCCGGAACAGCCUGGGCCCUAUAAACGCCGAAGAAUAGGUCCUUAUGGGCCUAUUCCAUAUGAUAGGGUUGAUACAAUGGACCGUCUUAGGAGGUCUAGGUGUCUGAAGGUUACCAUAACUAUAACCUUCCUAAAUAAACAUUAUUAUUAUUAAUUAAAUAAUAUUGUAUAUGCCUUUUAGUUCUAUAACUUGACCUUCGUAUUACAUGUUUGACAUUAUUUAGAAGCAUAGGACUGUUUUACUUUUAUAGGUUUUUUAUUUAAAUGUGGAUUCUUUUGGUGAGCCAAAACGAUGAUCUAUUUAAAAUGUUUUUCUUGGUUUUAGGUUUUGGCAGUAAGCAUUCGUUUAUUUGAGUUAAUAUUUUCUACUUGCCUACUUAUAAUUUUCAACAAUAGUGUUGGAAAACCUACUUUUACUACAUAUACAUUUUUCUAAUGUAACUCCUUGGUAUUUUGUUGCUAUUCUGUCAUUCAAAUUAAACGGGGAAGAGUCAAAAUUAAAAAAGAUUGUUUAAAAUUAUCUACAGUCCUAUUUAUUAUUAAUGUCAAAGAGCUAAAUGGCAUUGAACUUUCCGAAAUAUAUUUUUACAAAGGACGAGCUCAUUCCUCUUUCAAGAAAAGUAUAACAAAACAGUUUCUCAAUAUUAUGGAGACCAUAUUAAUAUUACGCCUACAUUAAAAAAGCGUACUUGGAAGACGAAUGGUGAUAUUUCCGUUGUUUUACUGCUAAAAAAAAUUAAAUCAAUAUUACAUAUGCCUUUUAGUUCUGUAACUUAACUUUCUUAUUACAUUUUGGACAUUAUUUAGAACAAUAAAUUUAAUGUGGAUUGUUUUGCCGAACCAAAACAAUGCUCUAUUUAAAAUAUGUUGUUCUUAGUUUAAGUUUUGGCGUUACAGUUUAUUGUACAUGAUUUCACAUAAUAAAUGAUUUAAAUUUA